GGGCUUGUUUCCAGUGCGUAUUUGCUGGACGCCAUUUCGAGCAUUCGUCUGUUGGUCGGUGUCUGCUGAACGAACUGGUACGGACUGUAUCCACAAAACAGUACAGCACCGAAUUUUAAUCAUUUUUAGUCUUAAACUCCCGUUUUUGAGGCCGCUUUUUUGACCCACAUCAAUCCAAUCAGGCAGACAGACGACUCGACCUGAAAUACAGACAGAAUGGAACAUUCCCCCACAACCAGCAGCCUGAUGGCCAGCAACGUCACCAACAAGACGGAUCAGCGUUCGCUGAACUCUCGGGUCUUCAUCGGGAACCUCAACACCAUGCUGGUGACCAAGGCUGACGUGGAGGCCAUCUUCAGUAAGUACGGGAAGAUUGUGGGCUGCUCAGUGCACAAAGGCUUUGCCUUCGUCCAGUACGCCAACGAGAGGAACGCCAGAGCGGCAGUCGGGGGUGAAGAUGGGAGGAUGAUCGUCGGACAGGUGCUCGAUAUUAAUCUGGCUGGUGAGCCAAAACCCCAUCGGUCAAACACUAUUAAGCGCUCUGCAGGAGAUAUGUACAGUUCUUCAUUUGAUCUGGACUAUGACUUUCAGAGAGAUUACUAUGACAGGAUGUACUCGUACCCGUCUCGUGUUCCCCCCCCUCCUCCUCCUCCGCUCUCGCGGCCGGUGAUUCCCUCCAAACGGGCGCGAGUGAGCGUGAGCGCCGGCGGCAGCCGCAGAACCAAGAGCAGCUUCUCCUCUAAGAGCAGCCAGCGCACGUCCCGUACCAUGAGAGUUGAUGAUCUACAAACUAUUAAGAAGGAACUGACUCAGAUUAAACACAAAGUGGACUAUCUGCUGGAGAGCCUGGAGCGCAUGGAGAGAGACCACAGCAAGAAAUCAGAGGUGAAGAGCACUAAACCAGAUGACGUCUCACCACAACACUCCAGCGGCAAGAAAGAGCGCGAGAGCUCAGAAAUGAAUGACUACGAGGACGAGGGAGACCUGCUGGAGGAAGAGGAGAUCAAGAGUCGAGGAAGGGAGGAUGAUGAUGAGGAAGAGGAAGGUGAGCAGGAGGAAGGCGAGGACGAUGGAGACAGCGCCAACGGAGACCAUUCUUAAACACAGCAGACACGGACACAUGCAUGCUCACCGUGAGAUGUAGAGUAGAUCCUCUGACCUUCAACGCACACUUAGUUUUAUUUUAGAAGUCCGGAACAAUAACCAAGCCUCUGUGAAUCAUGAAAAUGACACUUUUUAGAUAAGCCGCAUGAACCCCUGACUACAGCCAGCUUUCCAUGAAAUCUCGUAAUUCUUGCUUUGAAAACGGUUGAAUGCUUUAGGAUUGAGAAAAUACUUUAGAUUGAAGUGAAAUAAAUCUCCUUCAUUGGAGGGACAUUGAACAAGUUUGCUGCCAAGCUGUUUUAAAGACUGGCAAGCCAACAGCUUGAUUGUGUUUAUGGAAAUUUGGAGGAGGAGCUACUUAGAAGUGCUACGAUUGGAUUUGACCAAAAUAUCAGUUAUAGGUUGUGCUUAGACGAAGGUUACAGCAAAAAAGUAACUAGUUUCAUAACUUUUCAACCCCUUAAAGGCAAGCUCAGUAGUUGUCAAUGACUAUCCUGAAUGACUAAUGUAGGUCUGCUGGGUGGGUUCGUGGUUUAGUGAUUGACACAUUGAUGAGCCAAUCAGAAUGCAUCCAAUUUAGAAAUCAGAGCUCUUAAAGAGACACUAACAUGUAUGUUUAAGCUUGUUAAUUGGUUUGCACCAACUGUACGCUGCCGGUACAAACAAAUUGGAUUGUCAAGCCAUUCCUUUCCCACUUCAGACACGUUCAGGUCCUUCUCCUUUGGUGUUUUUAAAGUCUUAGUCCUCUGCAUGAGUUACGGUGGUGAUAAUGGUGGCUGGAGUUCGGGAAUGUUCUGCCAUGUUCUUGAGGUCAAUCAAUCUUUAAACUGGCCUGAGCAGAUAGAGAUUGCACAGAUGCGCUCAAAUACUCAUGAAUGUCUGUCUUCACCAAUGCUUUCCAUGAUUCUUAUGGUUGUGAGACCCUUCUGUGUAGAUUUCCGAUCUCAAAUGCACUUGAUCGUUGUCGCUGUCUUCCCCUACACAUGCUAGACUCUCAGAAGAGUCUCAAAUCGUUCUCCAACUGAGACCCAAAGCUCUUGACGGACUUUAGUCCCCAAAUCCUAACAAACUGAACCCAUUCGUUCUUGUGUGUGUGCUGGUUCAGGCACAGCAAUGUUCCUCGUUUUGGGAAUAAAUGUAGAGUUACUCAUCCUGACCAGUGGGCAGCAGUGUGUACCCGUUCUGUUAUUUAACCCCACAGAAAUACUGCUUGAUUGAACUGUUUUAUAUUCCGUGUGUGGUCACUGAGUGUGUGAGAAUAAGUUUGGAUUGUACAGUCAACGUCAUUUUACCUGUGGGUUUGUAUCUGUGUACAGUGACACUAAGAGGUGAGUUUGCUUCUGGUAAAUACUAGAUGUGUUUGUAGCCAUUUUGUUUCCAUUCGUUCUGUUUGUCUUUUGUUUGGUCUGUUAUAAGUUUCAAUAAAACUACAAAUGUUCAUGA